AUGAUGAAGGUCGUGUUGUUGUGCCUCUUUGGCUCCCUCACUGCUCUUCCUGUUCCCCAGGUGGAGGAGACGCAGUCAGUGAGUUCCAUACCAAGCAGCUCUCUGCUCCCUCAGAUGUUCUGGCGUUCUCCUGGGAGAACACACACUCCGCUCCAGGCUCCUGAGGAGAACUUCAUUCCUGUAGCUAAGCAGUGCCUGGAGGUCACAACCCCGAACCUAAGUGAACCUAAAAUGGGAACCAAAACUCUGAUAAGUGUUCUAACUCGCCGUACUGAAGUUCCUGCUGUUCAAAGCAUGACUGAGUCCAUGGAGCUGAGUCACACCGGAACCCCAACGCCCUCGACACUGACUGCUCCACCCACUGAGCUGACUUACACCCCUGUAGACACCAGCCAUGACACCUCACUUCCUGUCUUGGAUUUGGAGUUGAAGCGUGCUCGCAUCAGGCCUCGGAGCGCUGAGAAUGGAGAGAACAAUGACAACAUGGAGAAAACAAAGAACAAUGGAGAGGAGAAGCCCAACACUGCCACCUCUGGAGAAGCAAAGAAAAAAACUGCAAAGGGAAAAACUAAAGCUGCAGCUAAGAAAGAAACGACAGGAAACAGACAAAAUGUGAAAACAGAGAAAGCCCAAAGUGCAGAUUUUAGUUUUGAGUUUGAUGAUUUUGGAUGGCUACGUGAUGACCCUGGCCACGCCCAAACAACACAAGUACCAAAGAGCCCUGACCACUCAAGCUCAAGCUCAAGUUCAAGCUCAAGCUCAAGCUCAAGCUCAUGUUCAAGCUCAAGCUCAAGCUCAAGUGAAUCAAAAGACUCCAGCAGCUCAAGUGAUUCAAGUAAAUCUUGUGAUUCAAGCAGCUCCAGCAGUUCUAGUGACUCAAGCGACUCAAGUGACUCAUGCAGUUCAAGCGACUCAAGUGACUCAAGUGAUUCAAGUGACUCAAGUAAAUCAUGCAGUUCAAGUGACUCAAGUGACUCAAGUGAUUCAAGUGACUCAAGUGACUCAAGUGAUUCAAGUGACUCAAGUAACUCAUGCAGUUCAAGUGACUCAAGUGACUCAAGUGACUCUUGCAGUUCAAGCGACUCCAGUGAUUCGAGUGAUUCAAGCAGUUCAAGUGAAUCUAAAGAAAAGCAUGUAGUUCAUCACAGCUCAUCCAACUCCAGUGAAUGA